AUGGACGACGAAGACGACGUAAGCAGUUCGAGCUCAAGAGACAAUGUCGGGAUGGACUUCGAGCUGGAUGGCAGGUCAGAAACAUACGACGAAGAUUCCGGCAGUGAAACGCCAAACACUCAGGGCAGAGACGUUGGAGAUGUUCAAAAUCCUUAUCUAGACUUCGACGACAUGAGCGAUGGGACAUCCUCCUCCGAGGAAGAGACUGACGAUGAAGACGAGGAUUCAGGCCAGGAUUCAGACCAGGACCUGUCAUACGAAGAAACGCUUGAAGAAUGGGACCGCUAUGAGGGGCUCGAUAACCUCCCCAAAGGUCAGAUCCUCCCUCUUCUCACAGCCCAUAAACGCAUUUGUCAGGCGACAUUGAAGGUGCUGAAGGAGACCCCGGAGGCGGGUCGGACAACCGAAGCAUCUAUGAAGCAGCCAUCACCGUGUUGCGGGACAUCCGUAGGAUCUAUCGACGAGCUCAUACAUCUGGGUGGCUGCUGGCUCCCUCAUUAUGGGCCACGAUCCCGCUACACCUUUCAUCGAUGCGUAUCUCGGUCUCUCCAUGGCGGACUACUUGAUGAGUAG